GCGCGUAACUGCAGGCGUGUGUCUGUCGUGGAUUUUAGACUGAAGAACUUCUUUCAGUGACAUAUCUGAAUCACAAUGUGCAGUCCAUUAAGGUAGUACUUUGUAAUCAUUGAUGGUGUUGAAAGUUGGACAAAGGUGAAUGCUUACACACAGAAAAUGUCAGCUUGUAGCUGUUUAACACAUUGCUGUAUCAUUCUGAAUAAUUCCUCUCAGCCUCCAGUAAUAGUUAACACAACACAUGCCUUAGGAUUUACUGCCUUGUGCAGUCGCUUGAUUGUUACUGGACUGUGAUCACUGCUAAGCCUUCAGCUAUUAAAUUUGAGGAUCAACGUACCUUUUGUAUUUUAUACAUCAGUAAAUAGUUUAGCUUUACAGCAUCAUUAUUGCUGUAACAUGGUGGAAGUGAUUACAUGCAAUGAAUGCACUGAGGAUGUUAAGGAGGACACGAGGACUGAUGGCAAUGGACACACUGUGGAAAAUGUGACUCCAGAGCCGGUCAUCCAUGAAAUCAAGGAAGAUCCAGAAACCCAAACGCAGAAGACCAGUACCUGGAUAUGGUCCGUGGUUUAUCUUUGUUUCUAUGGCUUCAUGGUGCAGCUGAAGCCUGGAGAGCCGUUUAUCACACCAUACCUGCUCAGUACAGAGAAAAACUUCACUAGAGAACAGGUCACCAAUGAAAUCAAUCCAGUCCUCACAUAUUCUUAUAUGGCUGUGCUGGUGCCUGUCUUUCUGCUGACAGAUUACCUACGAUACAAACCUUUGCUGAUCCUACAGAGCUUGAGUCAUGUUUCCAUUUGGCUUGUCCUGCUUUUGGGAACCUCAUUGCUGGAGAUGCAGUUUAUGGAGUUCUUUUAUGGCAUCACAAUGGCUGCCCGUGUGGCGUACUCUUCAUACAUUUUCUCGCUAAUACCAGCGAAUGUUUACCAGCGUGUAGCCAGCUUUUCCCGCUCAUCUGUUCUCAUGGGAGUCUUCACAAGCUCUGUGCUUGGUCAGAUAUGUGUGUCACUAGGAGGUGUAUCAUACAGGACGUUAAGUGCAGUCUCUCUGGGGUUUGUCACUUUUGGGUUACUCUUGUCCUUCUGCCUACCAUGGCCCAAACGUAGCUUGUUUUUCAACCAAGCACGCCUGGAAGAGCAAAGGAAGGAGGAAGCAGCUCAAUCAGAAUUGGCCAGAAUGAAGCCUGAGGAGAAUGAUGGCAGUGUGGCAGCACAAGGACGAAACCACAAAUCCCCACCCUUGGCAAAUUCAGCGUUUGUUCAGAUGCUGAAGGAGUUAAAAAAUGUAGUGAAAGUUCCCAGUUUAAGGCUUUGGAGCUUGUGGUGGGUGUUCAAUUCCACUGGUUACUAUUUAGUUCUAUUUUAUGUGCACAUCCUCUGGUAUAAAGUCUACCCUGCCACAGAGAACAAACAUGUUUACAACGGAGCAGUUGAAGCUGCCUCUACCUUAUUAGGUGCAAUCACAUCAUUUGCAGCAGGCUAUGUGAAAAUUCGAUGGAAUCUUUGGUCUGAACUGGUGAUUGGAUUGAUCACUGCAGUACAGGCUGGUCUACUGCUUCUAAUGGGUAUCACAGAUAACAUCUGGGUUUGCUAUGUGGCAUAUGCCCUGUUCAGAGGCUUCUACCAGUUCCUGGUGCCAAUCGCUAUUUUCCAGAUUGCCUCCUCUCUCACUAAAGAACUGUGUGCUUUAGUGUUUGGAGUAAACACUUUUCUUGGAACAGUCCUGAAAACGAUCAUCACUAUCAUUGUGGCAGAUAAGAGGGGAUUGGCUUUGAAUGUUCACUCUCAGUUUUUUGUUUAUUUCUUUUACUUCACUCUGCUGACUGUGGUUUAUCUUGGCUGUAGUGCUUUUAUAAUCACAUGUCAUUACCGCAAUCAAAGAGCACAGGAGGAGACUACAGAAGUAGCUAUAGCCACUGAACUUAUUCCCAUGACAACGGCUGCUAGUGAAUGCACAACGGAACAAAAUGGAGCCAGCAUUAAGACAUGAGAUGUAAAGCAAUUGUGCCUACAGGUGGAGUUUCUCCAUCUUUUAAUCUGUUACUCCAAAAUCAGAAUAUUUUAUUAUUUUUAGUAUGAAUACCCUUUUUGUUAUUUUAUGUUUGACCUAUUUUUAGGAAUAGCAAUUUUUUUUUUUUUUUUUUUUUUAUCGAAUUCUAAUUACAUUUUGUGGAAAGUAAAUAUAAAAGUUGAGAUUGUCAUGAGGUUGGAAUGCCAAUGAAAAAUGUAGUCUCAGAUCGAGAUUUUAUCAGAUCCUUGAUUUUACUGUUUGUCAUUUCAUAUGGUUGUUUUUGUUAGGGGGAACAAAGAAUGUAAAUCAUUUUUGUAAGGAAUGUUUGGAAGGCAAACAUGGCAAGUUUGGCUUUCUAGCCUCUGAUAGGAUUACUUUUGUACCUUGUACCAUUUCAGUGUACCAUGACGGCAGAAGUAUUAUUUGCAGCUAAUAAUUGAAAUUUAAAUAAUUACUAUUGUAUAGCUUUUAGUUCCAGUUCUCUAAAUUGAUUGGCCAAGCAGUUAUCAAGGAAUGCUGAUAUUUGUA